AGAAAAGACCCAGCCUCAUUGCUGAUUUUGUCUGGAACCAAGUGCUCUGUUCAUCACUAUGUUAGGCUGUUCAGCCAUGAAGGAAAACACACUAAGGCGCUACUCCUGUUGCCUUCGCACGCGGCCCGGGCCGCCGCUGGCGCCGGACGGAUGGCCCGAGUCACGACCUUUGCCCCGCUGGCGGCGCCCGAGGGCAAGGGUCGGCCUGUCGCCGACAUGGUCAAGGGAAGCGACAUGGAGUGGCGCAGCACAGCACUGGACUGGCGCCGGCUGCCGCGCUGGUAUAUGGAGCUCUCCAAGGUCCGGCUGACCGGGCUGGUGGUGGUGACAUCCAUGGCUGGCUACGCCAUGGCUCCGGGCGUCUUCUCGGGCGCCACCCUGGCGCUGGUGACCGGAGGCACCCUGCUCACCUCGGCGGCCGCCAACGCCGUCAACCAGUGGCUGGAGGUGCCGUACGACAGCCAGAUGGCGCGAACGGCCGCACGGCCCCUGGUCCGCCGCCACGUCAGUCCGCUGCACGCGGUCACGUUCGCCGGCGCGUGCGUCAGCUCCGGCGUGGGCCUGCUGUACCUGGCCAGCCCGCUGGCGGCCGCGCUCGGCGCCGCCAACUUCCUGCUGUACACAGCCGUCUACACGCCGCUCAAGCGGGUCACCAUCGCCAACACUUGGGUCGGCGCCGUCGUGGGUGGUGUGCCGCCCCUCAUGGGCUGGGCCGCCGCCACCGGCACCCUCGCGCCCGGCGCCUGGCUACUGGCGGCGCUCCUCUACGCCUGGCAGUUCCCGCACUUCAACGCCCUCUCGUGGAACCUGCGCAAGGACUACGCGCGCGCCGGCUACCGCAUCAUGGCGGUCACUCACCCAGAUUUGACCCGCCGCGUGGCGCUGCGGUACAGCCUGGCUCUGGGCCGCCCUGCCGAUAGUGACGUCAGCCUGUGACGUCACCACGUGGAU